GUCGUUUUGAAACAAGGUAGGGGUCGUAAUUACAUCGCUAUACUGCUACGACUUGAAAGCGCUGCUUUCCUGCUCGAUAAACACCGUUUUAGAUUUACAAUGCUGUCGCAAUCCCGCCGUGGUUUUGCCAUUAUUGGUGGGUUUUAGUCAAUUUGAAAGUACGAUACGAAUUUUGCAUUUUUUAACUUCUAAAAGCUUUUAUCGUUAAAAAGCCUGAUUCAAUACAACAGCACCUAAUUAAUUGGUAUUAUCUCAUACACCCGCUCAUAUCCUCACCUGGAUUAGGCUUUGACAUUUAAUACGGGAAACUAGCGAAAAUUAGGCUAUACCAGCGCCGUGCCUACAACGCGGAAAGCUCAUCGUCCACAAAGUGUUGGGAAAUAUUUUCUCUACAAUAAGUAAAAGGGGGAUCCGAAAUAGAAAUAGAGGAGAAUGAAAACCCUUAGCCUCCCAGCCCCGCCGCCCUCCUUUGUCCAGAGGAAGGAGACCAUACUAGCGCAGUUGGCGGUGCCGGAGCAGGAGUACACGGACGCUUCGCCGAAGGGCUCGGUGGAUGAGGGGAUUAGGGAGCUGAUUAACGAGAUUAAUGGGCUAGAUGGGUUUGUUACGACGAGUAGUUGCGCGGGGAGGGUCAGUGUGUUUCGUGAGGGGAGGAGGAAGGGGGGUGAGGCGCGGGGGGAUGGAGAUGAGGAGGGAGAGGGGAGGAAGUUGGCGGGGGUGGGUGGGAAGGGCGGUGGUGGGAACUGGUUGUUUGUUUCUCAUGAUCCGGUUCCACUGGAGAAUGGAGGCGGGGAUAUGCGGCUGGAUUGGGAGGGUUUGUUGGGUUUGAAGGGGGGUUGUGAGAUGGAAGGGAGGGAAGUCGGGGAUGGAGGAGAGGGUGGUUUAAGAGUGGAGGCUACGAGGCUUGUCCAUUUCAAAUUCGAGCCUAUGAUACUUCAUGUUUUGACGGCAUCCCCUGAACACGCCCAGCUGCUCCUCCGGUGCGGUUUACAGGCUGGUUUUAGAGAAAGUGGUGCUGUCAGCUUGACUGCGGCUGUGGGAGAGCAGCAUGCUACCCCGAUGGUUGCCAUCCGGUCCAUGGGUCUUUCGUUUGAGUCUCUGAUCGGAUAUCAGGCUGGCGAUGGGGGCCAGAUACAAUGUACGGUAACUUCGGCUUAUUUGCGAACUCUCAUCGAUAUAGGUAAUGAGCGAUUUAUCGAGAACACCAAAAGAAUCGAAAGGUUCCGAACGGCUCUUGCGGAGGCAACUAAACCUUCUAAUAAGAACGGGGAUGUGUGGGAAGACGCAGAAACCCGGAGACGGAGGAAAAGAGAAGAAGGGUUAAGGAGAAGAGAUAUGUUGGAGAAACAAAAGAUCGACGAUACCAAAGCUGUGGAUGUGGAAAACGAGGCCUUAGAUAUACCCCUUGAUGUAAACCUCACAUAAAUCACCUUUCACACACGUAUCA